CAGUCCCAAUGUGCAACGCGGGAAGAUGGCGGGUGUGCUAGAAAGGAGUUACAUAGAGAUCUGCGGAUUUGAAAGAGAGUCUGUUUUACGAUUCAGACAGAUCACACUGAAUCUGGGUGUUGGACUUCACUCAGGCGGUGUGAAGUAUGCAGACAGUGCAGGUGGAUUCUCAUAUGAGGACAGCGGGAAACUCCUCUCAGUCACCAGCAACCGAUUCAUCCACUGGUCCACCUCAGGUGACACAGUUCAGUUUGUCGAGCAGUCGCUGGACACUAAUCUUCUGAAUAAUGCCGUCCGCCUGCGUAUCCCAAACUGCCUCUUGCUGCCUGGAGGAGUUUGUAUUCAAGAGACCCUUAACAAUGUCAUUAUUCUGAUCGUCACCAGCCAGUCAGUUCAUCGCCUGGUGCUGCCGCACCCCAGCCGCAUGUACCGCAGUGAUCUGGUCACUGAACUCCAGAUGCAGUCCAUUUUCACAGACAUCGGAAAGCUGAAUUUAAACGAACCAGCCCACAGUUAUGUGCUCCCAUUUGCACAAGGAACACAGGCGACCGCUCCGUCCACGUCGGCCGCCUGGAUCAGUCAUGAGGGGGAGGCGCUGUUUGCUCUCGCCUCGCCAUCAGGCGGCAUUACUGUAGUCACGUUGCCUGCUCAUGAUCAAGAUGGGACGGUGUCCGUUUUGGAGUUGAAACAGAGUUCAAUGAUGCAGCGGUUGGCUGGCUGGAUGCCCACCGCCAUCAGGGGAGAUCAGAGCAUUUCUGAUCUGGCCAUCAGUCUGGCUGUCCACCAGCUAGAGGAUGACACUUUCAUAUUUGCGCUGUGUCAAGAUCAUAAGCUGCGCAUGUGGUCUUUUAAGAAUCAGAUGUGUCUGUUGGUGACCGAUAUGUUGGAUUAUAUGCCCGUGGGCCGUGGGGAGGUGAAGGCUUCUCCAGCGCAGGCUCAUAAGCUCCGUCUCUUCUUCUCCUCAUCCACCGGACUGUGUCUCGCCAUCUACCUCGCAGUACCCGAACGCAGUCAGUUCUGUGUGCUGCAGCUGGUGGCCAAUGAGAACAAUCGCUACAGCUUGGACCACAUCUCAACACUGUUUUCAACCCAGGAGACACUAGUGGAUUUUGUCUUGACGGCGACUGAUAUUUGGGCUGUUUGGCUGGACAAUGACAACCAGACUGUGGUGAAGUACAUCAGUUUUGAGCAUAACACAGCAGGCAUGUGGAACCAGGUGUUUGUCCAGCCAUCACCAGAGGAGGAAGUUCACGUUGGUGAAGACCAAGAUCCACGGGAAAUUUACCUUGAUGUACUUUUUUCACCUCUACGUUUCACAGCAUCAGCCAUCAUCAAAGCUUUACAGAUUUACAAACGAGGUACAGAGCGAUAUUCCGAUUUGUCGUGGGAGGAGCUGAAGAAAGAGGUUACAGUCACAUUGGAAAAUGAGCUUCAGGGCAGCGUGACAGAGUACGAGUUCUGUCAGGAGGACUACCGGCUGCUGCAGGUGGAGUUCUGGUCAAAGUUUUACGCCUGCUGCUUACAGUACCAGGAUGUUCUGUCCACGCCACUCGCCCUGCAUGUGAGCCCUGCCACAGCCAUGGUCUGCAUCCUUAAGAAGGGCUUUGUGUCUUUCCUGUUACCCUGCUUUGCUAUAGACCAUCUUUACCUGUCCUCGGAUGAAUACCUGUUUUCGGAGGAGGAGACUCCAAUUGCUGAGGAUUCAGAUUUGAGCCGUGACAUCCUGCAGCUCAUUCAUUGUCUCCGCAUGGUGAGUGAGUCUCUUCCAGAGGAUAUGGCCUAUGAGAUGGACAAGGCCCUUGAGGACCUGCAGUCUCCAGAGAAAGUGUCUGAAAAAGUACUGGAGGGCCUUAUGGCCAGUGACAAUGUGAAUGUCGUUCAGGACAUUGUAAACAAACUGCAAGAUAUCAGUAACCCCAUUGUUGCAAUAAACACUCUGCUGAGAGAACUGGACCUGGAGGCUGAUGCGGAGACGGACACCAGAUCCACAGGUCAGUCACUGAGAGUGCGCAUUAGCCUCUCUCAGCUGUACGGCAGCAGUGUGGCCGCUAGUCUGAUCUGUCAGGCUGUGUGUCAGACUGCUAUGACCCGAGCUCUGCUCUGCAGAGACCUGCUCAUCCUGCAGCAGCUGUACCUGCGAAUUGAUGACCAUCUGUUGGGUCAAGGUGGUCCUCAGUUACUGCAGUUGCAGCAAGACUUGAUUCCUCGAUGCUCUAAUCUGCUGUGCACGUAUCACCUGCUCAAGCAGAUGAGCCUGAUGCUGUCCUCAUCUGUUCCACUUGACAUACUAAAUGCUGACCUUCAGCAUCUGUCUGUUUUGGAGCUGUCAGACUCUACAACUCCUACAUCCAGUAGAUCAGUGUUGAAUCCUCAAACUGUGGUGGAGUUGUUCUACCAGAAUGUGGCCCGUAAAGCCAUCAUGUCCCAGAUCUUUUCCCAGCAGGAUGUGGGGGGCAAUCAGACCAUGUUGCACUGGCCACAAAUGAUCUCCAGUGUCCUCACACUACUCUGCCAGUUUCUCUGGCCCAGCAAUCCCAGUUUCCUCUUUCCUGAAUGCCUAAUGGGAAACUGCCAGUAUGCACAGUUGCAGGAAUAUGUUCGGUUAGUUGGGCCCUGGUGCCAGGUGAACGUGGGAUCCUAUCGUUUUGUUUUGGGUCACUGCUAUCUGGCCAGUGGUGAGGGCCAAAAGGCAUUGCAGUGUUUCCAGGAAGCAGCCGCUGAGGUGGAUAAAGAAGAGUUUUUAAUGAAACUCACAGGUUCAGAUGAAGAGGCGGCCGCAACUCACCCACGAUUACGUUAUUACAACAAGGUUUUGCGAUUACUGGAGGAUAUUGGUUUGCCAGAGCUUGUGAUUAAUUUGGCAACGCUGGCCAUAUCUGAAGCUGCCAAUGAUGAGAGAAGCCAGGCUGCUCUGUGGACUCGUAUAUUCAAGCAUCAUCUGGAUCUUGGACACAACAGUCAGGCAUACGAGGCUCUGACGCAAAACCCUGAUUCUAGCAGGCAGCUGGACUGUCUUCGACAGCUGGUGGUGGUUCUGUGCGAGCGCGCUCAACUCAGGGAUCUCGUCCAGUUCUCGUUUGUUAAUUUACACGAUGAGGUGGUCAGCAUUAUUGAGUCUCGUGCGAGAGCUGUGGACCUCAUGACUCACAACUACUAUGAGCUUUUAUAUGCUUUUCAUAUCAAUCGUCACAACUAUAGGAAAGCCGGUACAGUGAUGUUUGAGUACGGUAUGCGUCUGGGGCGUGAGGUGCGAACUCUGCGUGGUCUCCAGAAGCAAGUCAACUGUUAUCUAGCUGCCCUCAACUGCCUGCGUCUCGUCCAUCCGGACUACGCAUGGAUUGUGCAGCCUUCGUGUGGAGCAGCGUAUGAACGACCGGGCACAUCACCGAAAAGGAGCUAUGAUGGUGAAUUUGCUGCAAGUCCAGUAAGUCAACAGAUCGACAUUCUUGAGCUGAAAGACUUGGAGAAAGAGUGUGUUCUUGCUCGGAGUCGUCUAACAUUGGCUCAGCAGGAUCCCCCCUCAGCCGCUAUCGCAGGAGGUGCAUCUUCACAAGAGAUGGUGGCUCUGCUGGUACAAACAGGACUUUUUGACACAGCCUUGACACUAUGUCAGACCUUUAACUUAUCCCUCACACCCGUCUUUGAAGGACUGACCUUCAAGUGUAUCAAACUGCAGUAUAAAGGUGAUCAGGACCAGACAGAGGUGUGGAACUGGCUUGCGGCCAAUCAGUUGCCAACUGUCAUUACUACUAAAGAGUCCAGUGCGACAGAUGAAGCUUGGCGGCUGUUAGCUCAUUAUUUGGAGAAAUAUUCCUCACAGAACGCCCAAUAUCAUCGGUGUGUCAUCAACAAGCUGUUGUCACAUGGGGUGCCAGUACCUGAUUGGCUGCUUAAUGCCUACAAGGAAGUUGAUGCUGCAGCGCUGUUGCGUCUCUAUCUGAACUUUGAUCAGUUGGAGUCAGCAGCUGAGCUUGUGCUCGAGUAUGUGGAUGCUCUGCUUGGAAAGGGACAUCAGUAUUUUGGUAUAGAGCGUCCGCUCUCAGCUACAGCAUCCCCGGUGUGGUUGCCUUAUACAUCAAUCGAUCAGCUCUUAAGAAACCUCAGUGAAAGCCAGAUCAAUGAAAAGAUGUACAGGAAUCUGAAAGAUAAACUAGUGGAGUAUCACAGACUGGUGGAUCAGAGCAGCAGAAACAGACUCAUGGCCCGCUAACCACCGCUCAGAACUGCACUUCAGACCUGUACUUAGUAUGAAUGUUGAUGAAAUUAUGUUUGUUGGUGGUGCGUAGGUGUGUUGAGCUGUUUGAUGAUCCAUGCUAAAAUUAUUUGGAAAAUGUAUCAACAUCUUUAAUAAUCAGUCACAGUUCAGCCUCUUAAAUAGAAAAAUGUGUAUUUUUAUAUAGAUACUGUUUAAACCAUCUUAAACUUUGUAUGUUGUACUCGACUUAACUGGUGUAAUUUAAAUAAGGAAUGCAAUAAAGCAACUUUGUUAAA